UGCCCAAAGCUCUGCUCAGAUCUUUGCUCGACCUCUUGUUCAGUCAUUGUUGAGAAGCUUCUGCCCUGCCUUCAUGUCUGCAAAAGGGAGUGUAAGACCGACAUUCGGUACAUCAUGUGCGAGGAAAAGGUUGACAAAACUUUAGGUUGCUCACAUGUCCAUCUUCUUCCAUGCCACAUGCCAACCAAGGGACUUGAAAAAGAGUGCGAGGUCAUCAUCAAAAAGGAACUCCAGUGCGGCCACAGAAAGACAGAGAAAUGUAAUGGUAGUGGUCGAUGUGACGAGAUAGUCUUGAAAGUUCUGGGAUGUAACCAUACCUGCCAAGCAGCGUGCCAUAAAGAUCCAGAGAACAUCAGAUGCAAGGAAAAUGUUGAGAAAACCCUACCAUGUGGACAUACACAUACUCUUCUUUGUUCCACAAGUAUUGUCAAUGUUCUGUGCAACACGAUUACCCGAAAAAGUCGCUCAUGUGGACACGAAAUCAUAGAGAAGUGCUGUCAUAACAGUAAAUGUUCCGAAGUUGUAGAGAAAACCUUGCCUUGCGGUCACAAAUUGAAGAUUAUUUGUUCGAUCAAAUUAGAAACAGUAGAAUGCAAAGAAAGGUGCAUCAAGCAGCUUCCAUGUAACCACAUUUGCAAGGAAAGGUGCGGGGUGGAUUGCACUGAGUACUGCACAGAGAUAAUCACCAGAGAUGACUGGUCAUGUGGUCAUGAGGUAACAGUUAAAUGCUGCGAAGAAAGCGACGCAUGCUACAUCGCCUGUGAGAAGAUCUUGAUAUGUGGACACAAGUGCAAAGGGACCUGUGGAAAAUGCUCACAAGGUCGUUAUCACCACCCCUGCAUUGAGACAUGUAAGAAAAAGCUGGUGUGCGGGCACGAAUGCGCCCUCAAUUGCGGUGCACCAUGUCUUUCAUGUGAAAAGAAAUGUCCUCUGCGUUGUCGUCACUCGCAGUGCAAGCAUCCUUGCAGUAAGCCAUGUUAUGUUUGUAUGAAACGUUGCACCUGGAAAUGUGAGCAUUUUGAGUGCAAGACGUUGUGUUGCGAGCCUUGUGACAGACCCCCAUGCAACAAGCCCUGUUCAAAGAAGCGGAAAUGUGGUCACCCUUGCAUCGGCUUAUGUGGUGAGAUCUGCCCCAAUAAAUGUCGCACCUGCGACAAAGAAGAUUUGGAGAAACGCUUCUUUGGGACUGAAGACAUCCAGACAGCAAGGUAUAUUCAACUAGAAGACUGUGGACAUUACUUUGAGGUAGAAGGACUUGACAAGUUCCUGGGAUUCGGCAUAAAAUCCGACGGUGCAGAAAUAUUUACCAAAUUAUCGGUAAAAACCUGUCCAAGAUGCGAAAAACCAAUCCAGUUGAGUCGUCGCUACAAUAAUCUCCUGAGAGAAUCUUCAGCGAUUAAGCCGCGAAUCGUGGAAAAGCUACAGGGUGCUCGCAAUAGCAGUGAAGACAAACACCUCCUCCGUAUAGUCAACUCAGCCGUCAUGUCGGCGAGAGAAACCAUUCCACUUUUGUCACCCAAAUUAUCAUCAGGGAUCUACUCUGCGCUGUUUGAGGCACUGUUGGAGAGAAAGUCAAUGGUGCUUCUGCCAUUUCGGGACAAGCUUCAGGAACUACUCCUGGCAUCAACAGAGGAACUGGAAAGACAUAGCAAGUCAUUACCGAAUGUUCUCGUAGAUCAGCACGCGAACGACCUUUGGAAUGAGAUGAAUCGAGUGACGAUCAUGUGUGACUUGGCCGAAGUACUGAGGGGAGGACCAAAACAAUCAACCGAAGUACCCAGACUUCUCAAAAUCCUGGGCCGGGAUAGGAAUAUGACAUUAGCACAUGACCUCCUCAAUAGAAUUCGCAGCGCUAAUGGGAUCAGCAAUACUGGCAAUGACCUACCGACUUUCAAACGCACUCCACGUCUUUCUUUAGAAGUAACCAUGUGGCUUACUUGUGCCAAAGGACAUCCCGUUUCGAACCAUCAGCCAAAGACGGGCGCAUGCGAGGACUGCGUCUUGGCUGAGCAGGAGAGAGUCCUCUCCGAGGCUCAUGCAGCUGUAGGACGCCCUAGAGAGAAUGUGCCUGGUCAGCGAGAUAUCGGUGGUCAGCAAGGCCAGCGGGGUAGGCGACGAGGACGUGGAAGAAGAGGUCGAGGCAGAAGGGGUGGUCGCAGAGGAGGACACCAAAGAUUCUAUGUCCCGUUUUGAGCCCGAAUACGCGAUCAGAAUAUUCGUACAUCAGAUAUUGCUAGUCAUUUUGCAUGAAGAUGUAUACAAUCAAUAUCAAACACGGUUUAUGAAUUCCACUGACCUUCGCAUUAUCGAUGUUUAUCCAGAUAAAUCAUAAUGCUGUAUUAAAAGAUUGUAAUCGAUCCAAGCUAUUAUUUUGUUCUUUGAGAUGAACAACGCAUGGGGAAUAAAUUGAUAACGAAUUCGUAGUACACUGAUUUUCCGAAGUCUCUUUGAUCUGUUAAGAAUGUAUGGGUUUAAAUAUCCUUUAUCGAAAUGAAUUUUCCUUAUUUAUUUGAAGGGCUUUUGAAAGAUAUGCGAGACUACAAUGUCGACAGCAAAAAGAGAAAGCAUUUUAUGU